AUGGUUUUUUACUUCAAAGUGCGCCCCGAAGCGGGCGAUUUCACCAUCUACAUGGGACUCGACAAGUACGAGAACGAACAGCUCAUCAAAUACGGCUUCCCCGAGGACAUAUGGUUCCACGUGGACAAGCUCUCGUCUGCACACGUGUACCUGCGGCUGCGCAAGGGGCAGGGCAUUGAUGACGUCACACCCGAGAUGCUGGAGGACUGCGCGCAGCUCGUCAAGGCCAACUCCAUUAUGGGCAACAAGCAGAACAACAUUGACGUUGUCUACACGCCCUGGGCCAACCUGCGAAAGGCAGCUUCCAUGGACGUUGGGCAGGUCGGGUUUCAUAACCCCAAGGUGGUGCGGAGUGUUCGGGUGGAGAAGCGACUCAACGAGGUGGUGAACCGGCUGAACAAGACCAAGGUGGAAAGGACGCCUGACCUGCAAGCUGAGAAGGAGGCGAGAGAGGCAGAGGACCGAGCAGCAAGGAAGGCAGUUCUUAGAGAACAGGCCCGGCGCGAGCAGGAGGAGAAAGCUCUAAAGCAGAAACAGGCGGAGUUACGGAGUUACAAGGGCAUAAUGGUGGAGAAGAAAAUGACGUCAAAUAAAGAUAUUGCGGCAAAGAUGGAAGGGAAAACUGUACAGGAUAUUGAGGAUGAUUUUAUGUGA